AUGGACUCCCUAUACUCGGACGACUCUCGCUUUGAGCCAGACGUCUUCAUCAAGAACGAAUCCGCCGCCGCCUCCCCGCGCGCUGCCUCCCCGCGCGCCGCCUCCUCCACACCAAUCCCAUCCACGGAGACGGGCGAUGCCACGCCGGCAUCAACGCGCGCGUCACCCCCCAAGAAGAAGGGCACCGCCGCCACCGUCAAGAAGGCCCCCGCCAAGCGGCCGCCCAAGUCGACGACGCUCGCUACCGCCAAGAAGGGACCCAAGAAGGGGCCCAGACGCGGCGCCGGCGCCGACGACGCCGGCGAGGGCGACUCGGACAACGGGCCCUACUGCCUGUGCCAGGGUCCCGACGACCACCGAUGGAUGAUCUGCUGCGAGGGGUGCGACGACUGGUUCCACGGCGAGUGUAUCGACCUGAGCAAGGAGGUCGGCGAGAACCUCAUCGAGAAGUUCAUCUGCCCCCGCUGCACCACCAAGCAGCUGCGCUCCGUCUACAAGCGCAGCUGUAGCAUGGGCACCUGCAAGAAGGCCGCCCGCCUCGGCCAGGCGCCCCCGAGCUACUUCUGCUCCCCCGAGCACGCCCAGGCCUGGUGGGAGCGCCUCGUCGCCCGGCUGCCCAAGACGGCGGCCGGCGGCGGCGGCCGGCUGACGGACCAGCUCUCCCAGGACGAGUUCAUGGCGCUCCUGUCCAGCGGGCUGGCGACCGUGGACGAGGAGGGACACUGGGCGCUGACCGCCUCGCCGUUCACCACCAGCGACGCCAAGGCGAUAGCCACCGACAACAGCAGCGACUCCAUCCUCAGCGACGAGGAGAGGGUCUACGUCGAGCAGGCCGCCCACGCGCGGCGGCAGCUCGAAGCAGAGACGCUUCUGUGCCACCAGAUGCUCGCGCUCGUCGAGCUCGCGCAGGAGCGCCGUCGCGCCGCCGUCGCCGCGGGCCGUCUCGCCGACGACAUGUGCGGCUACGACCCGCGGCUCGACACCAUCUCUGCGCGCGACGCCUUUGCCGCGUACGCCGCGUCCCCCGAGGGCGCGGCCGCGCUGGCACCAGGGGGUGAGGGCGAGGCCGACGACGCGCACGGCAUGUGCGAGCGCAAGCGCUGCAAGACGCACGCCGGCUGGCAAAAGAGCCUCCCGCUGGGCGUCCGCCAACAGAUCCGCGAGACGGCCGCUCAGUCCGAGGUGGAGGAGGCCCGGGAGCGCCUGGUCCGCGAGGCCGCGGCGGAGCGCUGGAGGAGGAAGCAGUCGGAGAGGAACUGGGUCGAGGUCCUCGAGGACUGA